AUGACAAGGCUCUUUGAACCACUCAAAAUCGGAGAUAUGUCUCUACAGCACCGGAUCGUAAUGGCCCCUCUCACGCGCUUCCGCGCGGAUGACAAUCAUGUCCAGUUGCCCAUGGCCGUGGAGUAUUACUGCCAGCGAGCAUCUGUUCCCGGCACACUCCUCAUUGCCGAAUCCUCGCUCAUAUCCCCUACCCACGGUGGGGUUCCCAAUGCACCUGGAGUGUGGAACGAUGCACAGAUCUCAGGCUGGAAAAACGUGGUGGACGCAGUCCAUGCACGUGGAUGCUACAUUGUUUGCCAAUUGCUUGCCCCAGGUCGCGCUGCAGAUGCGACUACUUUGCAGAAUGAAGGGGGCUACGGUAUUUUGUCAUCUAGCCCCAUCCCAUUGACAGAGGCUUUUCCUGCUCCCAAGUCAAUGUCAGAGGACCAAAUUCAAGGUGCUAUUGAAGAUUUCGCCACUGCAGCCAAAAACGCCAUUCGCGCGGGCUUUGAUGGUGUUGAAGUCCACGGUGCUAAUGGGUACCUUGUCGAUCAAUUCCUUCAGGACUCUUGCAAUAGGCGAACAGACCAAUGGGGUGGUAGCGUCCAGAACCGGGCACGAUUUGGAAUCCAAGUUGCAACGGCUAUUGUGAAUGCUAUCGGGGCAGAUAAAGUCGGCUACAGAAUUAGCCCCUGGAGCAGCUUCCAGGGUAUGGGAAUGGCGGAUCCUAUUCCCCAAUUCUCUUACCUGAUUGAGGAGCUGAAGGGUCUCAAGCUCGGAUAUCUUCAUGUUAUUGAAUCUCGAGUGAACAACAGCGUGGAUGUUGAAAAGACGGAGGGUAUUGAGUUUGCAUUGGAUAUCUGGGGCCAGACAUCGCCUGUUUUGGUCGCUGGCGGAUUUGAUGCGCAUUCCGCAAAAAAUGCAGUUGACAGUGAAUAUCGAAACAACGAUGUCGCAGUUGUGUUUGGGAGACACUUCCUCGCCAACCCAGAUCUACCAUUCCGCAUCCAGCACGGUCUCGAUUUGAAUAAGUAUCACCGGCCAAGCUUCUACACACCAAUGACUCGCACUGGAUACACCGAUUAUCCUUUCAGCGCCGGUUAUCUCGCCAGAAACAAUGUCUAG